GUUUUUGUGUCUGUCAAACCGAGUAGCAAAUAAACGGUCCCACCAAACAGGCAGGCUGUCAAACGCGUCAGUUUGCUCAUCACAAACGGGUCACCCCUGUAUGGGUGCCAUGGUCUUCAGUAACACAUGAGCUCUACUAUGUGGUACAUUAUGCAAAGCAUUCAAAGUAAAUACUCCCUGUCCGAGCGGCUCAUCCGCACCAUCGCCGCCAUCCGCUCCUUCCCGCACGACAACGUCGAGGAUCUCAUUCGCAAGGGCGCUGAUGUGAACCGCAUGCACGGCACACUGAAGCCCCUUCACUGUGCCUGCAUGGUUGCUGAUGCCGACUGUGUGGAGCUACUACUGGAGAAAGGGGCAGAGGUGAACGCUUUGGAUGGAUAUAACCGCACGGCGCUCCACUAUGCAGCAGAGAAGGACGAGAGCUGUGUGGAGGUCCUGCUGGAGUACGGGGCCCAGCCCAACGCUCUGGAUGGCAACAAGGACACUCCGCUCCACUGGGCCGCCUUCAAAGACAACCCCGAGUGUGUGCGAGCGCUGCUCGACAGCGGGGCUUGCCCCAACGCCCGCGACUACAAUAGUGACACGCCGCUGAGCUGGGCAGCCAUGAAAGGGAACCUGGAAAGCGUCAAAGUGCUUUUGGACUAUGGCGCACAGGUGCACGUGACCAACUUGAAGGGCCAGACACCCAUCUCCCGACUGGUGGCACUCUUGGCACGCGGCCUGGGCACCGAGCAGGAGGAGGAGUGCCUGGAACUGUUGUGCCGAGCAGCCGGGCGUUUUGAGAUCCGCCGGGCCGACGGAACGCUUCCCAAGGAGCUCAGUAAGGAUCCUCAGCUGCUUGCCAGGCUCACCGGCAUGGCGGCCAAAGCACCUACACUGCGUUCUCUCGCGCGUUGUGUCAUUAGGCAAAGUCUUGGCGUGCGGUUCCUGCCCACAGCAGUCAAAGAGCUUCCUCUACCAGAGACCAUCAAGGAAUAUCUCCUCCUCAGAGACUAAGACAGUGUCAGGUGAUGGCAGAGUUUUUCUCCUCUCCUCAAAUAACCACGACAGCCUCUCAUGUCCCUUUUCCACUGUGCACUACUGGAUUGCCUCAGUCGAAAACUGCGCUGCACUGAUGGUCUCAGUCCGGGAGAUGCUAGCUAAAGUAACUCACUUACACUACUCUCGUUUUAUGAUCCAGCUGUAAUCGGUAUCUUGGAAAAAAAAAUAUCUACAAGGGCAGAUGUGUCAAAUGUUUCUUAUAGGAGGAAAAAGCUAAACUCAGAUGACAGGUAUUGAACUGAUUUAACACAAUAGUUUUUUUUUUAUACUUAGCAAAGUAUUAUACAGUAUACAUGUAACAUUUUAGAAUGAAUGUACAUCGAUCAUGGGAGAGUGCCUGGAUUUGGAUCUUGAACACUUCUGUAAAGCAAGGCUACAUUAAAAUUGGUCAGGGAAAUCACACUCAUCAGAAUAAAUUUGUAACCUUACCAGAAUUAAAAAAAAUAUUUCAAAUCAUAUCACUAAAACAAAUUGAUAUAUUUUUGAUAAAUGUGGUUCUUAUACCUUCACUACUUCACUACUUACUACACUUCACUAAACGGGAGCAUAUAAUUCCUGUUGCUAACAACAGUGAAGUAAAACGAGAUUUUCAUGUGUUUAACAUUUAGCAUGUUCCAAUAUCGACUGAUGGGAUAUCGAUUUGCCAUUGGAACUACGACGGAACUGCAGAUAAUCCGAUACAAGAGGGCGUCGUAGGUACAGUAGGAAAGGGGCAGGACGCCGGCAUUUGACAUGUGAAGUCUCUUUUGAUGGAUUGUCACCAGAAGUAGAGGGAAGUGUCUUUCAGAACGGCACACGAGUGUACAACCGCACCAUACGUACAUUCAUAUUAUAAUUCAUGUAUGCACCUUUUGUAUUCCGAGCACUUGAAAAGUCUGUCACAGUGAUCUUCAAUGCACGGUAUGAGGAUGAGGGGUCUUGUUUAAUGUUGUCCCAGGGAUCAUCGAAUGUUACCGUCUUUUACACUACUGAGGUAACAAAUGAUGGGAACAGUGUAUGUGUCAUUUUCGAACUUUGUGAAAUUCAUUGGGCACACAAGUUUCGCCCUAUAACGUGAUGACAUCUUGCCUGCUGUUCUGUGUGCAAUUCAAUCAAAUGUCAAGCAAGCUGCCGAUGAGAAGCGAAUGGUUUAAUUUACUCACCGUUCGCUAACAUCCCCACUUGAUGUUUUUUAAGCCUGUCUUUAAUUUAUCAAGGCAAGAACUUUAAUUUACUAAUGUUUUUAAGAUUUACACAAUAUGCUUUGUACUAUCUAAGUUGAAAAUGGAUGAUUUUGUGUUGUGGUGCUGCAGAUAUAUAAUCAUGUUAAAGUCGCAUCUCGUUUACGCCUGCAAAA